AUGACUUCCAACGCGUAUACCGUCCAGGAGCGACCUAUCCACUCCGGGCGAAAGCUGAGAGUCAUCUGCAUCGGCGCUGGGGCCUCCGGUCUCCUUCUGGCGUACAAGAUCCAGUACAACUUUUACGAAUCUGACGUCGAACUGCAAAUCUACGAGAAAAAUCCCGACCUCGGGGGAACAUGGCUCGAGAACAGGUAUCCUGGCUGCGCGUGUGACUGUCCGGCACAUACGUAUACGUGGUCUUUCGAGCCCAAGGCGGACUGGAAACAGACGUUUGCAACAUCUCCAGAGAUUCAUCGCUACUUUGACGAGUUUGCCGCCAAAUACGACUUGGAGAGGCACAUUCGGUACAACAGCCAGGUCUCGGGCGCGAAGUGGAACGACGAACAAGGCAAAUGGGCGGUGGAGAUCACGCAGAAUGGCAAGGUUGUCCACGAUGCCUGUGACAUCCUCAUCAAUGCGUCUGGCAUCUUGAAUAACUGGCGGUGGCCCGCGAUCCCAGGCCUGGAGAAUUUCAAAGGCCCAAAGCUACAUUCUGCAGCGUGGGACGAGACUCUGGAUCUGACUGGGAAGAAGGUCGGAUUGAUUGGCAACGGAUCCUCCGGCAUUCAGAUUCUCCCCGCCAUUCUUCCCGUGGUCGAUUCGGUUGUCAACUUCAUCCGAGAGCCGACCUGGGUGUCGCCCAUACCUCUCCCUGGAUUCGAGGCCCGCGAGUUCAGUCCGGAGGAGCAAGAUGAGUUCCGCACCAACACGGCCAAGCACCUCGAGUUCCAUAAGCUGGUGCCGCAAUGGAGCGUCGGCUGUCGCCGCCUGACUCCCGGAGUGGGAUACUUGGACAGCCUGGCACAUCCCAAAUCGUCCGUGGUAUAUGGUGAGAUCAUGCGGGUAACCGACACCGGGCUUGUGAUGGAGAAUGGCGAGGAGCACCCUGUUGAUGUGCUCGUCUGCGCCACGGGAUUCGACACGACCUUCAAGCCCCGGUUUCCUCUGAUCGGUCCUGAUGGGAGUUCGCUGGCGGAGAAAUGGGCAGCAGAGCCACUCUCUUAUCUCGGUGUCGGCGCCCCAGGAUUUCCAAACUACUUCAUGUUCUUGGGGCCGAAUUGUCCCAUUGGGAAUGGACCGGUGCUCAUCGGUAUCGAGACGCAGGCGGACUAUUUCAUGAAGUUCAUCCAGAAAGUUCGGGAGGAGAAUAUCAAGUCUUUCAACCCCAAAGAAGCAGCUGUGGUUGAAUUCAAAGAGCACAAAGAUACAUGGAUGAAACGGAGUGUGUGGGACCAAGAAUGCCGCUCCUGGUACAAGAACCCCGCGGGACAAGUCACUGCCGUCUGGCCCGGCUCCGUCCCCCACUACAUUGAGACGAUGGAGCGGCCGCGCUUCGAGGACUACGACUGGAACUACCUGACGGCGUCGAAUCGGUGGUCGUUCCUGGGGAACGGCUUCUCACAGCGCGAGGCACUGGGUGCGGACCUGGGCUGGUAUAUUCGGCAGACGGACGAUGCUGUUCCUCUGGGGAAGAAGGAGAGGUUUGUCUUUACGCCAGGUACAGACGAGCACACGGUUCCGGCCGCGACGACGCUGGGGGCGCCUGUUAAUCCGCCGGUCAAUCCCCGCUUAUGA